UCGAGGGGUUCGUCGUUAGCAAAAAAGGAAAAAAAAAAUUGUUCCUUAUGCACUAUGUUUUUCUUAUUUUGUUUCUCGGGUAUAAAAUGAGAAUAAGCUGAGGUCUCACCUUCACAUUUUCAAGCAAAAGGAAAAUAAUAUCAACAAAAAUGGGUGCUGCUCUUAAAUUUUUUUUUGCAAUUCUCAUAUCCAGUCUGCUAGGAAAGGGAAUGGGUGGAUGCUCCAUCCAGAGCCUUAAGUUAGUUCAAGGUAUGACUGGAGUAAUAAUCGAAGGGAAAUUUGAGUAUGUGGUGGUCGUAACUAAUGAGUGUAAUUGUGAACAAGCAAAUAUUAAAGUCGACUGCAAGGAUUUCCAGACAGCUAAGAGCGUUGAUCCUUUUCUGUUCAAACAUGAUGGUGCAGAUGGCACAAAAUGCGUCCUCCUCAAUGGAAACCCCCUUGGCAAUCACGAAUCAACAUACUUCAAAUAUGCAUGGGAUAAACCAUACCCCUUCACUGUGGUGGAUGCAAAAAUGACUUGCUAGAGCUUCAAGGUUUCUUCUGAUAUGUGCUGGGGGCAUCUUAUGUUUAACUAUGGCACCUUGUAGAUUCAAAAAUAAAUAAAAUUGAGCCUGGUUUCUUCUGACCUGUGCGGGGACAUCUUAUGUUUAAUCACGCCAAUUAGUUUUCUAGCUGUAGCUAUUUAGCAGUUAUUUAACUAAUAAUAAAGGUCUAUUUAAGUGUGCUCA